UCCUGCCUCUUCCUCCUCUCACCUCCUACCGCCGUUACUUCCUGCAGCAGCAUGGGACUCUUCAGGCUCGUCACCGGGCUGCCGGGGCCAAGCGGCUUCGGAUCCGCCUCCACCGCCGAGCAGGUCACCGACGGCAUCGACGCCUCCCAUCUCACCGUCAUCAUCACCGGGGGUGCAAGUGGGAUUGGUGAAGAGACUGCAAGAGUCUUUGCCCUCAGAGGAGCCCAUGUCAUCAUUGCUGCAAGGAACAUGGCAGCUGCCAAUGAUGUGCAGCAGCACAUCCUGCAGUGUACUCCAAUGGCCAAAGUUGAUGUCUUAAAGCUUGAUCUCAGCUCACUCAAAUCUGUGAGAGCCUUUGCAGACAAAUUCCUCUCGUUGGACCUACCUCUCAACAUCUUAAUAAACAACGCUGGUGUCAUGUUCUGUCCUUACCAACUCUCAGAGGAUGGAAUAGAGAUGCAGUUUGCAACAAAUCAUCUAGGACACUUUUUCUUGACAAAUCUUCUUCUUGACAAGAUGAAAACCACAGCCGAGAAGACAGGGAUUGAGGGUAGAAUUGUGAAUCUGUCAUCUAUUGCUCACUUGAAUACAUAUGAAGGAGGAAUAUGGUUUGACAAGCUUAAUCACAAGGAAGUAUACUUAGAUAAAAAGGCAUAUGGGCAGUCCAAACUGGCCAACAUAUUGCAUGCGAACGAGCUCUCUAGACGCUUAAAGGAAGAUGGUGCAAACAUCACAGUAAAUUCUGUUCAUCCUGGACUGAUCAUGACGAACCUGAUGAGACACUCAUUCCAUCUAAUGAGGGUGCUAAAAUUAUUCACUUACAUCUUCUGGAAGAAUGUUCCCCAGGGUGCAGCAACUACAUGCUAUGUCGCACUGCAUCCAAGUCUCAAGGGUGUGACCGGGAAGUACUUCUUGGACUGCAAUGAGGAGAAACCAAGUUACUUGGCCAGAGAUGAAACAUUGGCAGAAAAGCUGUGGGACUUCAGUGAAAAGCUAGCGGCAUCAACCAAGUAAGACCAGAGCAAGCAAAAGGCUAAGAGAUCUACAAGAUUGUUAUACUUCCAACCAAAUAUACUAUUGUUGUGAUGAGUUAGUUCUCUGAGUUUGUCUAGUUCAAUAAGAGUCAGAUAAAGACUUUUUUAUAUCUAUUUAUUUAUUAAGAGUAUGAUGGAUUUA